ACCAGCUAAAGCCAGCAGUUUGCUCCAGGAUCAUUCCACCCCCUGGACCCUGGGCCUGACCCUCAGCUCCUGAGCCUCAAUGCCGGCCCCAGUGACUCUCCUCAGCCUCAUCCUCCAGCUGGUUACACACUGUGCAGCUCCAAUUGGGCACUGGUGCGAACACACUGUGGAGGUGUCAAGGCUGGAGGUGAUCUCUCCGAGGGCAGAGGGCCAGGUUCCCUGCGCCAGCCUGUACCAUUACAACCUGAGGGGCUGGAGUUUGGACCAGGAGAGGAUGCGAGCGGCUCACGGAGGGGAUCACGGUAUCUCCGAGUAUUAUUCCCAGUCUGGGCCUGACGCUCUGUGCUUCAUUCACAAGCCAGCAGAGACAGCAACUGUGCUCUUUAACAGAACGCAACAUGGAUGUUGUGCAGGGUACAGUGGGUCUCAGUGCACUGAAGAAGAAAGCUUCUUGGGCCGUUGCUACACGACGUGGAAUUGUCAGCAGUUUCCAGGGAUCAGUAACACUUCUCUCAUGGUGAUGGAAGAUUGCUGCAGUUCCUUGUGGGGUCACAGCUGGAGAAAUGCUUCCUCGGGUUACUGCUUCUCCUGCUCCCAUAUCAUUCUCUCAGAUGCUCUCUCAGCCCCACUGCUCCUCAGACCACAAUUGUCAGCAGGGCUGGUCAGCUCAGCAAGAGGCUAUCGAUUCUUUGCCACGUGCAUGACAUGGAGUGGCUUUCACUUCCGAACCUUCGAUGGGAAACACUUCAAUUUUGAUGGGACCUGCACAUAUAACAUGGCUUCCUCAGUGGAUGGAACAUGGGCUAUUUAUCUGUCCACAGCAGAAUGUUCCAUUAGCCGGAAACAGUGUCCGAAGGUGCUGAGGAUAAUGUUUGGUUUGGACCUGAUCUUGGCUCAGAACCAAACUGUUGUGAUCAAUGGAGUCACCAUCACUCCCAGGAAACCUUUCUAUCAAAAUGGAAUAAGUGUCCGUUGGAUUGGUGAUUUUAUCUUCGUGGAGAGUGGACUUGGAGUUCGUUUGAAGUUUGAUGGUGACAAAAUAGUUUCUGUGACAGUGAGCGCGGAACUGAAGUCUUCGACUCAGGGUCUGUGUGGAGUUUACAACGACUUGGUACAUGAUGAUUUCACCACCAUCACUGGCUCUAUUACACAGAUCUCUGCUGCUUUUGGUAAUUCCUGGCGUGUUUCUCUGCCUGAAGCUGAGAGCUGUGCGGAAGCCUCGCAGUUGAGUUCAGGUUGUCGUACCCAGGAUUCUCACAUGCAGCGAUCAGCUGAGUCGGUCUGCAGCCGCCUUCUCUCCUCACCGUUCAGUCAGUGUCACACACAGAUCAAGCCAGAUAGUUACUUUGAUGCUUGUUUGUUUGCAUUCUGUGCUUACCCUGGGAGUGAGGAGGAACGAUCCCGAAUGGUUUGUGAGACAUUCACCAGUUACUCCCGGGAAUGUGGUGAACAGCACAUCUUCAUCAAGUGGAGGAGUCCUGACUUCUGUGGGAAGACUUGCAGCAAUGGGAUGCUUUACUCGGACUGUGUCUCCACUUGUCCUGCUACCUGUGAGACUGUGGGCAGCCCCAGUGAAGGUUACUGUCGAGAGGAAUGUGCCAGUGGCUGUGAGUGCCCAUUGGGUUAUUACCUGGAGACAGGGCUGUGUGUUAAAGCGGAGGAUUGCCCCUGUUACCAUCAUGGUCAGAAGUACCCUCCAGGGCAGACCAUUCGACAGAAAUGUAAUGACUGUGUGUGUCGCCGAGGUCAUUGGGAGUGUACUCAGAAUAAAUGUGCUGCUGAGUGUAGCCUGAUCGGAAAUCAUCACUACAUCACAUUUGAUCACAAACGCUACUCCUUCCAUGGCAACUGUGAAUACACACUCGUGGAGGAUUAUGUGGAUGGGAAGUUGCUGAUUGUUUCUGAAAAUGUUGCCUGUGGAGCUGGCGGCUCUCUAAGUUGCCUGAAGUCCAUCACUGUGAUCAUCUACAAAACAAUCGUCAAACUCAGGAGAACAGGAGACGUGAGUGUAAAUGGCCAGGAUAUCAGACUCCCCUUCGCCAAUGCUGACCUCUCGGUGUAUCAUGCAUCAUCCAGUUUUAUUCUGCUGCAGACAUUUGGAGCUGAGUUUCUCUGGGCCCUGGAGUUUACAGCAGCUCACAUCAUCCUGCAACCUAUCUUUGCACACAGAGUUCGUGGGUUGUGUGGCACCUACAACUGGGUUCAGAACGAUGAUUUUGCUACUCCUGAGGGUGAUGUCGAGAGGAGCCUGGCUGCUUUUGUCAAUAAGUUUAAAACAUCUCCGGGAUGUCCUGACAUUGGCUUUCAAUCCCUUGAUCCAUGCAACACAUUCACUCAACGUCGAGAGUUUGCUGAGGGCUCCUGUCAGAUACUGCGGAGCUCUGUAUUCGAGCCAUGUUAUGACCUGGUGGACCUUGAGCCAUUCUACAACCUGUGCCUGGAUGAUGUUUGUGGUUGUGAGAGUGCCGGGCACUGUGAAUGUGGCAGUGUGGCAGCAUUCGCCCGGCUCUGUGCCCAGGAGGGUGUCCACAUCGACUGGAGAAGCAGCAAUGUUUGCCCGAUACAGUGUGGUGGUGGCCAGGUGUACAGCGACUGCUCUAGACCGUGUCAGAACUCCUGUGUACACCUGCGCAUGGGCCUACAGUGUGGCUCAGGUGUGAAGUGUGUCCCAGGCUGUAACUGUCCCGGGGGCAUGGUACUGGAUGAGGACGGUCAGUGUGUGCCACCGUCGCUGUGCCCAUGCCUGUUUGAUGAUACGGUCUACCCAGCUGGAUCAAGCAGGGACAGAAAUUGUAACACCUGCUUGUGUGUCAGUGGGGUUUGGAACUGCACUGACCUGCUCUGCCCUGAAACAGCAUCUUGUCCCAACAAUCUCAUCUAUGCCUUCCGCUCCUGCCUCAAAACCUGCGAGAAUAUUGACCUCAACGAGACCUGCCACCACCUGACUGAUGGCUGCACCUGUCCAGAGCAUCUGGUCCUGUUGGGUGGGGUUUGUGUGGCCCCCAGCGAUUGCCCGUGUCACCAUAACGGCCGUCUUUAUGAGAGGGAGCAGACUAUCCAGAAGGAUUGCAACGAAUGUGUGUGUCGCGAUCGGAGGUGGCAGUGUACUAACAGGCCGUGCUCAGGGAGUUGCCUGGCCACUGGAGACCCUCACUACAUGACGUUUGAUGGGCGGAUGUACAGCUUUCUUGGGGACUGCGAGUAUGUGUUAGUGCAGGAAAAUAGUGGCCUGUUCAGUGUGACAGCUGAGAAUGUGCCAUGUGGGACGAGCAGGGUCACCUGUACCAAGUCCAUCAUUCUGACAAUUGGCAACACAAUCAUUCACCUCCUAAAGGGGAAGGAUGCCAUGGUCAAUGGGAUUGGUGUGAAACUGCCCAAAGUGUACAGUGGAAGUGGACUGUCUCUCCAUCAAACUGGCCUGUUUGUCUCUGUCGUCACAGAUUUGGGGUUGUCUGUUCUUUGGGAUGGAGGAACCCGUGUCUAUAUACAGCUUGAGUCGCAGCACCAGGGCCAAGUCAGUGGAUUGUGUGGGAAUUUUGAUGGUGAUGCAGAAAAUGACUUCACCACGCGACAGGGGAUUGUGGAAGCAACAUCCGAUCGUUUUGGCAAUUCUUGGCGAGUUAGUCAGACGUGUCCUGAGGUCUACAGUGACGACAUUCCCCACCCCUGCUCUGAGAAUCCUCACCGUGUCACAUGGGCAAGGAAACAAUGCAGUGUCAUCAGCCAAACUCUCUUCCAGCCCUGCCACCACGAAGUGCCUUACCAGCCAUUCUAUCAGUGGUGUCUCUUCGAUGCCUGUGGGUGUGACACAGGCGGUGACUGUGAGUGCUUAUGUACAGCUGUUGCAACCUACACUGAAGAAUGUAACAGGAGGGGAGUCUACAUUCGCUGGCGAUCACAAGACCUCUGUCCAAUGCAAUGCGAGAAGGGGCAGGUAUAUGAGGCCUGUGGUUCUACAUGUCCACAAACUUGUUCUGACCUCAGGGGAGGUCCAAAAGCACGCUGCCCCUCACUGUCCUGUGUUGAGGGCUGUUUCUGCCCAGAAGGGACUGUCUGUCAAGAUUCGGGAUGUAUUGAGCCCUCAGAAUGUACCUGUCUCUGGGGAGAUGCCGAGUUUCCAGUGGGAACCGUAGUUACUGAGGACUGUCAAAACUGUACGUGCCAUGAGGGCCAUUGGGUGUGCAGUGGCCAGCCGUGUGCCCAGGCCAGCUCAUGCCUCCAGUCGGAAUUUGCCUGUCACAGUGGGCGCUGUAUCCCAAAGGUGUGGGUCUGUGAUAAUGAAGAUGAUUGUGGAGAUGGCUCUGAUGAAUUCUGUGUGCCGACAUGUGAGCCGCAGCAUUUCCAAUGUGCCAACGGCCAGUGUGUGCCAGGGAGUGACCGCUGCAAUGGCCGCGCAGACUGCAGUGACCGCUCAGACGAGAGGGAUUGUCCAACUCCGGCCUGCACUCAGGAUGAGUUCCGCUGCAGGAAUGGACGGUGCAUCCUCAAGCAACAAGUGUGUGAUGGCAGACUGGACUGUGGCCUGUCUGACCACACAGACGAGACAGGUUGUUGGUCCCGGUGUAGAGAAACAGAGUUCCAGUGUUGGACAGAUCAUUGUGUUCCCUACACUCAGAGAUGUGAUGGCCAUGAUGAUUGUGGAGAUUUCAGUGAUGAGCAGAACUGUGUGUGUGGGCCUGGAGAAUUCCAGUGCCCUGAUGACCUGUGCUUAAGGAGUGACCUGGUCUGUGAUGGAACACCAGACUGUGACCCAGGAGUGGAUGAACUUAUCUGUGAAAUUGAGGUUCCAGUGAUCUGUGGCCCAGGACAGUUCCCCUGUAGAAAUGGAUCGUGCAUUCCCAGGCGGGACAUGUGUAAUGGAGAGACUAAUUGUGAACAUGGUGAAGAUGAGACUCCAGACAGAUGUCCUGGUUCCACUGUGGAAGCUGUUUCCAUCACCAGCCCAACCCCACUGUCUGCUCAAAGCAUCUCUUCAGCACCAGCUGCUUUGCGGUGCCGCCAUUCUGAGUUCCGGUGUGACAGCGGUGAGUGUAGACCACGCGGCUGGCUGUGUGAUAAUGAACUCGAUUGCCCAGAUGGUAGCGAUGAGAAGAAUUGUAACAGGACAUGUCUAACUGGAGAGUUCCAGUGUGGGGACAGCUCCCAGUGUAUCCCACUCUGGCAGUUAUGUGAUGGGAAUCCUCACUGUCAGGACCACUCUGAUGAGACUGUUGACCGUUGUGGCUCUACCAGGAUUCCCCCCUGUCCUGGGAGCUUCCUCUGUAACAGUCAAGUCUGCAUCAACAGCACACGGGUGUGUAAUGGAGUCAUGGACUGCGAACAGGGUGAAGAUGAACUGAACUGUGAACGGGACAUUCCAACAGCACCAGCCCCACAGAGAAAUGGGACAAAGAUCAGCUGCAGUGAAUAUUCCUGCUCCAAUGGGAGGUGUGUUACCUUCACACAGGUUUGUGACGGAGUCGACGACUGCAGAGACAGCUCGGAGAAAUCCGAUGGGAUUCCCUCAGAUGAGUUGAAUUGUGGGAUGUGGUCUCCAUGGGGAUUGUGGAAUGAGUGCAGCCAGAGUUGUGCAACUGGAGUGCAGACUCGAGAGCGAGUGUGUGAGACACCAUCUACAGACCUACUGCAGGAGUGCAGAGGGCACAGGGCACAGACUCAACAAUGCUUCAACCAGGCCUGCCCAGUUGAUGGACAGUGGACAGCCUGGACGUCCUGGUCAAACUGUAGCCACCAGUGUGAGGGUGUUGUGAUCCGCCACCGUGAGUGUAUUGGUCCGACAAACGGAGGGAAACAGUGCCAGGAGCUGCCAGGCUCAGGCAGCCACGUGGACAUCAGUCCGUGUAAUUUAGAUGAUUGUCCAAAAGCCCAGCAUUGUCCUGGGGAACUGGUCAUGCAGGGCUGUGCAACGUGUCCUUUGACUUGUGCAGAACUGAGCACGAAGAACAGCUGUCCCCACGGAGAGCGCUGUUUCUCAGGGUGCUGGUGCCCAGGAGACCUGCUCCUUGAUGAUAACCAGCGUUGUGUUCAAGCAGUAGACUGCCCCUGCCUUGUCGAUGGGCUGAAGUACUGGCCAGGGCAGCUGGUGAAAGUUCACUGUGAGAUUUGUCGCUGCUAUCGGGGCCGUCUCGAUGCCUGUCACCCCAACCCCCAGUGUUCAGUGGACUGUGGCUGGUCGGUUUGGUCUCCCUGGGGGGAAUGUCUCGGACCAUGUGGAGUGCAGAGUGUUCAAUGGUCAUUCCGAAGUCCCAACAAUCCGAAACAACAAGGACAAGGGCACCAGUGCCGAGGGAUUUACCGAAAAGCUCGAAGGUGUCAGACUGCACCGUGUGAAGAUUGUCAAUUCCAGGGUCGUUCCUAUUCCAUGGGGGAACGUUGGAGAAUUGGACAGUGUGAAGUCUGUCAGUGUUUCGAGGAACGUCGUGUUCAUUGCUCCAUGUACUGUCCAUACACACUACUUGGAUGUCCACACGGGCAAAGACUUGUGGAAGGAUCAGCAGACAGCUGCUGUUACUGCAUUGAAAGAGAUUCUAAUGAUUCUGUAGUUCCCUCGGCAUUCCCGCAUCGCCCCAUUGCCCCCCCCAGCCCAUCCACAACUGCAGAACCAGUACCAUCAACUGCAGAACGCCGUGUGUGCCAGACGGGACAGUACCAGUGUCACAACGGGCGCUGUGUGUUCGCAGGCCCUGGAGGACAUGUGUGUGAUGGAGUCAAUGACUGUGGGGAUGCUUCUGAUGAGUUAUACUGUGGUACAGUGCCCUAUGGGACCCCCCAGCCUCCAGGCUGCCUGCUCUCGGAGUUUUCCUGCAGAGACACAGCGCGGUGUAUCAGAGCCUCACAGCGAUGUGACGCACGGCCCGACUGUCCUGAUGGCUCAGACGAGAUUGGCUGUGUCCUCAGUGUUACUCACUCCACACAGACCGCGGCUCAGAGCAGUGUGCCCCCGGAUGUGCCAAUGGGCAGUACCAGGGCAAUGGUGGUCACACCAGUGCCGUCAGCUUUCCGGCAUCCAGCGACAAACUCCGAAACCCUGGACUCAUACCUGACAACACACCCAGAUGCAGCUGUGCUUGGACCCGGAGAGGCGAUUAAACCAAUCACAAAGCUCCCCCCACAGCCUGGUUCAGAGGCCACAAGAUCAGUCACAUCAGCUGAGGAGAAUACACGGACUCCCAGAAUGACCCCGAGGGAACACAGACCCAGCCAGGCUCCGGGAACACAGCAACACCCCAACGCCACGUUGGAAUCUUUGACCGAAUCUCCUGGAUUUUCUGGAUUGUCAAUUUCUCUCGCUCAACAUCAUCCAGAAGGCCCAUGCAGCCUGCCACUGGGGUUGGAGGACGGCAGGAUUCAGUACCAGCAACUGAGUGCUUCAUCCCAGCGAGAGAGUAACCCCCCCGACGCUGGGCGGUUAAACAUCAUCCCCAACAUAUUAAACCUGGAGCCUGGCUGGAGUCCCAUGGAAAACGAUCAACAUCCCUAUUUCCAGGUGGAUUUUCUGUUUCCCACCUUCAUAUCUGGAGUUAUUACUCAGGGUGGAACUCGAUCUGGGGGCUUUAUCACCAGCUACCGGCUAAUGUACAGCUACGAUGGGAUUCGUUUUGUAAACUACACUGACACCAUGGAUUGGACACAGCAUGCCAAGAUCUUCCCAGCAAACACAGACACCAACAGCCCAGUCAGACAGGACCUCAAACAUCUCAUCUUUGCUCGUUUCUUGAGGAUUGUCCCGGUUGAACAUCACAAUGGGAUUUACCUGCGCACUGAGAUCCUGGGCUGUCCAUGGAAUCGGGAACCUGGACUGAGGACUGUAUCAGAAAGACCCACUCCUUCCUCAGGAAGAUCCUCCACCAUCUCUCAAACAGCAGAUUGGCAAAUCUCCGUGGGAACCAGUGUCCAUCCCAGUCUUUGUGAUCCUGGAGAAUUCCAAUGUUGGACAGGCGAAUGUGUCAAUGCGAAGACAGCUCUGUGCAAUGGUCACCCUGAUUGCAAUGACUUCUCUGAUGAACAGGGAUGUGGAACAGGAUGGACUGUCACCCCAGCAGGAGUCCCUGAUUGGAGUCGGCCAAGCUCCCAAACAGAACAUACACCAGCAGGAGAACCAACCACUUCUGGAAAGCUCCCUGUGCCAGCGCCCAGCCCAGAGACAGGAUCAACCACUCUCAGCCCAGGAAGUCCUGCGGGCUAUUCGACUACUUUCUGGGAGGGCUUGCCCCCAAUUCUUCGAGUUCUUUGUCUUCACGAUCAAUUCAAGUGUGAGUCGUUGGAUUGUGUAGAUUCUGACUCAGUUUGUGAUGGGAUUGCAGACUGCCUGGAUGGCUCAGAUGAGAGACACUGUGGCCCCACUCCUGCCUCUGUGACUCCAAGCCAAGUGACUCCUCAGCUGAUUCCCUCAACCAAUAGGAGCAGUCCCUGCUCAGUCAAGCAGUUCCCAUGUGGCAGUGGGGAAUGUGUGAGUCAGCUCCAACAAUGCGACCUGGAGCAGGACUGUCAGGAUGGCUCAGAUGAGAAGGACUGUGUGCACUGUGUGCUCUCGGAAUGGACCAAGUGGAGCACAUGCACGCAGAGCUGCAGUUUGGGAGUGAGGUUCCGACAGAGAGAGAUCCUGCGGCCGACUCUGCCAGGGGGUCAGUGUGACGUUGCACUGUGGGAUUCUCGAGCCUGCUUCAUCCAGGCCUGCCCAGUGAAUGGUCAGUGGUCGGAGUGGAGUGAUUGGUCAGUCUGUGAUGCCGAGUGUAGCGGUGGAGUUCGAUCCCGUCACCGAGAAUGUGUGAAUCCACCGCCAAAGAACGGAGGACAGGCAUGUGCAGGCAUCGCCAUGGAGACAGAGUCCUGUAACCGUCAGCUCUGUCAGGGCACCACGGACUGUGAUCCUGGAAUGGUUUACGUACCAACUGGUGGAUGUGACGCUCUCUCCCUCGACCCCUGUCCAACCUCAUGUCAGGAGCUGAGCUCAGGGGUGAGCUGUAACUGGAAAUGUCUAGAAGGCUGUCGCUGUCCUCAAGGUCUUUUCCUUCAGGACCGAGACUGUGUGAACAUCAGUGAGUGUCGCUGUCAUUGGGGAAAUAACAUUUACCAACCAGGACAGCCCAUCGCCAUGACCAACUGCAGCAGCUGUGCUUGUUACCAUGGCCACAUUUCCUGUGAUGAUUCACUUUGUCCUGUCAACUGUGGUUGGUCAGCGUGGUCACCAUGGACACCAUGUGACCCCAGGUGUGGCGUCGGAGUUCAGCAGCGAUACAGAUCACCCACCAACCCCACUGCCUCAUCUGAGGGUGCCCCCUGUGUGGGGGAUAGUGUAGGGGUGCAGGGCUGCUACACUACCUGCAGACCAGAUGUUGGGGAGUCAGUCCGUGGAUGGAGUCUGUGGUCCCCAUGGUCACUGUGUAGUCGGACCUGUUUCUAUGAUGUCGAUGAGGUCUCGGUGAGGAGACGAUUCCGAGAGUGUCCCACUGCUGACGCUAGCACAUCCCCCCAGUGCCUGGGAGACCCUGUCCAGGAGGAACACUGCCUCAUUCAACCCUGUGCAGUGACUGGAGGAUGGAGUUCCUGGAGCCCAUGGUCUGAAUGCAGUUCCCUGUGUAACUCCGGGGUGCAGUCCAGGAACCGAAGCUGCACAAAUCCCCCAUCAGGUCAUGGAGGCAACCAGUGUGUUGGGCCACACAUUCAAACACGGGACUGCAACACACAGCCAUGCGACCAAACUUGUCCGAAUGGGAUGGUCUAUCUCACUGUGGAUGAGUGUCUUCAAUCUGGUGGUCCUUGUCCCCGGGGAUGCCUUGACCUGACAGACAGUGUACAAUGCACCACCCAUUGUUAUGAAGGUUGUUACUGUACAGAUGGACUGUUUCUGCAGAAUGGCUCCUGUGUCCCACUGCAGCAAUGUGACUGUUAUUAUCAGGGCCAGUGGUACCCAGCUGGGUACAGCCUUGACAAGGAUCCUUGCAAUAACUGCACCUGUCAGUCUGGACAGCUGGCUUGUGGCAAUCUUCCAUGUGCAGUGGACUGUUCUUGGAGCCGCUGGACACCGUGGAGUUCUUGCAGUAGAAGCUGUGAUGUUGGAUCCAGGCGGAGAUUCCGAUCUCCCACAAACCCCCCUGCAGCAUUGGGUGGGAGAGAGUGUGAGGGGGACAUGGUGGAAACGGAAUAUUGCAGUCUGCAGCUUUGUGAUAGUGUGUGGAGUGAGUGGGGUCACUGGUCAGAAUGUUCAGUCUCUUGUGGAGGGGGCUUCAGUAACCGAACGCGAGUGAACAUCUCAUCACAAAGCAGUCAGCUGACCAGCUGUAACACUCAUCCGUGUGAAGCCCAUCCAUCGAACUGCUCUGAAGGGACUGUGUGGCGGGAUUGUUCCAUUGGAGCUGACACUUGCACAGAGCUCAGUGUGGGAGAGGAGUUGAGUUGGAACUGCAGCUCGGGAUGUUACUGUCAGGAUGGGCUGCUCCUACAGGAAGGCAAAUGUGUGCCUGUCACUGAUUGCCAAUGUGUGGAUGGAGGGCACAUUUACCAACCUGGGGUCACUGUGCUGAAAGACUGUAAUUCCUGCACCUGCUUUUCCGGACAGAUUGGAAACUGUACCCAGAGAGUGUGCAAUGUGAAUGGUGAUUGGUCAGACUGGACUCCAUGGAGUGAUUGCUCCAUUUCAUGUGGAGGGGGUAUCCAACAUCGAUUCCGGUUUUGUACAAACCCACCUGCUGCUGGGAAUGGUCUGCCCUGCAUUGGCCCAGAAGAGGAGGUUACUCCCUGUAAUGUCCAGCAGUGUUUGAGAGCGGGUGCCUGGGGAGAGUGGUCUUUGUGGACUGAUUGCUCUCGAAGCUGUGGGGAUGGUGUGCGAUCUCGAAGCCGGCUUUGUGACAGCCCCCCUCCCCAGGGAGAUGGGGAUUUCUGCGAGGGUCCGAGCUCUGGAACUGAGCCGUGCCACAGGGACCACUGUCCAGCAGUCAACUGCUCCUCAAUUGUGGGCUCCAUCUACCACCAAUGUGGGCCCCCCUGCCCCAGGACCUGUGAUGACCUCACGCGGUGCGUGUGGAGCUGUGAGCCGGGCUGUUACUGUACAAAUGGGAAGGUUUUAAAUGAGAAUGGAUCAUCAUGUGUUGAACAACGGGAUUGUACGUGCCUUGAUCUGAGAACCGGGAGGAGGUUGUUACCGGGUACAGCUAUACCUCAAGCUGACAGCUGCAACUCCUGUUCAUGUGUGAAUGGAGAAUUAGUCUGCACCAACUUACCAUGUCCUGUGGAUGGAGGCUGGUGCCCCUGGUCAGCCUGGACUCCAUGCUCGAGAACAUGUGGGACAGAGUCAGCUUCCCGUUACCGCUCCUGUGCCUGUCCUCAACCGCUGAACAACGGCACUGUGUGCAAGGGAGCAGAGCGGCGUUAUGGAGAUAUCUUCCUACAGAUCGCUCAGGAACGGUGCCCCUCAACUUCGUUCUGCCCAGUGGAUGGAAACUGGAGCCCGUGGACAACAUGGACAAGGUGUGAUGGGUGUGUUGGUGUGUCCGUGCGAGCAAGGAGGUGUGGUAGCCCUCCUCCAAGAUUUGGUGGUUUGCAAUGUGAAGGUGAAGCAGAGCAGAGCCGAGCAUGUCUGCACAAUUCAACCAAGUGUGCAGACUGUCCAGGUGAGCAGAUUCUAUUGGCCUGUGGGCGGACCUGCCCUCGAUCAUGUGAUGAUCUCUCUCAAGAUGUGGCCUGUCUCAAUGAUGGUGUUGGCUCCCCUGGUCCUGACUCAUCUCUAGUUUGCAGGUCGUCCUGUGGCUGUCCACAUGGCUUGCUCCUUCAGAAUGGAUCAUGUGUUCCUCAGAGUGAGUGUCGCUGCAAAUCCCGAGUUCCCAUUCUCACAGGGCCAGGUGUAAACAGCAGCUGGAGUCUGUAUCCUGGUGUCGACGACUGGCAAUAUAUCAAUGCAGGAGAGCAUGUGGAGAUUGGGUGUGAAAACUGUUCCUGUGUCAAUGGGCGACUGGAUUGUGUCCCACGCACAGACUGCCAGUUAGAUGGAGGAUGGGGUUCUUGGAGUGCGUGGACUCCUUGCUCUGAGCCUUGUGGAGGUGGCUCCCAGCACCGUGUUCGGGAAUGUGACAGUCCAAGCCCCCGCGAUGGAGGACUGGGAUGUCGGGGGUCACCAGACCAGAGGAGGGAGUGCAACAAGAAGCUGUGUGAAGGCUGGAGCUCAUGGACUGAGUGGAGCGCUUGUUCCAUGUCUUGUGGGGCAGGAUUUGAGUUUCGCAAUCGAAGCUGUGACUCCGAUCUCCUGGAAUUGUGUGUUGGGAAUUUUGAGGAGACUCGGAGCUGCAAUGGGACGUGUGCUGCUUGGUUGGUUUGGAGUAAAUGGUCGUCAUGGUCACCAUGCAGUGUGUCAUGUGGAGGCGGAGAGCAGAUACGUGUCCGUGACUGCCUCACCCCACCAUGUGAAGGAUUCCCAACUCAAAGUAAAACCUGCCAGAGCCAGGUCUGCCUUGAGGUGGGUUGCCCAUCAGACCGAUUGUACCGAGAAUGUGUGGUCAGUGAGGGCUGCCCAUACAGCUGUGACCAUCUCAGCGGACUGGUGGAGUGCUAUAGUGAUGGCUGUGAGGAAGGCUGUCACUGUCCUGUGGGCAGCUAUCUUCAUAAUGGAUCCUGUGUUCAGGAAUGUCCCUGUGUAAUAAACGAGAAUAUUCUACAGUUAUUUCAAAAUCACUCCAUAAACUCAUCUGUCUCUCCAAUUAUCCUGGUGGAUGAUGGUGCGGAGAUUCAGGAGGAGAUCCCAUCAGGGGCCACACUCCAACACGAAUGUAGCAACUGUACGUGUGGGAAUGGACGCCUGAACUGCUCAUUCACUGUGUGUGUAACUGAUGGAGUUUUCUCCACAUGGAGCCCCUGGACUUCCUGCUCCCGCAGCUGUGGCGGAAUCGGUCACAUGACCAGAUCACGUGACUGCUCAAGCCCAGCACCAUCCAAUGGCGGCAGAGACUGUGUUGGACCAAGAAUCGAUUUCAAGUUUUGUCAGAGUCCAGACUGUGAAGUGUCUGUGCCAACAAGGGAACCUGUCACUUUACCAGACUCUGAUGGGUUUUCCCCUUGGUCCCCAUGGACUCGUUGCUCCAGGAACUGUACAGACACAGAGUUUCCUAGCACCAAGACCCGAAGCCGUUCCUGUUGGAGACACCAAAAUUGCACCGGGGAAACUUUCCAGGAACGACCCUGUAACCUGCCGCAGUGCACAAAUGAAACGGAAUGUUCCAGAGAGAACUGUACCCGGGACUGCAGUUGGAACAUGUGGUCAGAAUGGAGCAAGUGUUCCCGUUGGUGUGGGGUUGGUCAACAACACCGCCUCCGGACGUACAAUCGGCCACAGUCGGGUGGGCAGUGGUGUGAGGGAAUCCUGACUGGGAAUCUUGAAAUCCGUUUCUGCAAUGUAAAGGCUUGCAAAGUGAAUGGCGCAUGGUCCAGUUGGAGUCCUUGGUCAACAUGUGACCGUUCCUGUGGGGGAGGAAAGGCACUCCGGAUUCGGUCUUGUACUGACCCACCCCCGAAGAAUGGGGGACGUCGCUGCCCAGGAGAUCGGUUUGAAGUGAAGCUGUGUAGUAUGCAGCCAUGUGGAGCUGGUCUGUGUCCCCCUGUGAUGCAGUGGGUUGAUUGUGCCAAUCAGUGCCCAAGAUCCUGUGUUGAUCUGCAGGCUGGAAUAGUGUGUGCUGAUGCAGAAAGGUGUGAAGCUGGCUGUCGAUGCCCUGAUGGUUAUCUUGAGCAGGAUGGUAUGUGUGUUGCACCUUGGCAAUGUCAGUGUACUGAUACACUUGGACAAACCUGGGCACCAGGGAGCAUGCAACAGAGAAACUGUAAUAACUGCACCUGCACCGAGGGCCGGAUCAUCUGUUCGAACUAUACCUGUCCGGCCAGUGACUGUUCCUGGAGUCAAUGGUCCACUUGGUCCCAGUGCAGCAUCACCUGUGGCACUGGUCUACAGACUCGGUUCAGAACCUCAACUUCAGGGUCACUGGACAGGGAGUGUCAACAGGAACAGGCUCAGACUAAACCAUGUGAUGAAGGCCCAUGUCCAAUAUUGUGUCUCCAUGACUACCAGGAGAUGAGACUUGGCGAGAGUUGGUUUGUGGGCGAAUGCAAACAAUGCUUGUGUACUCCUGAAGGAAUUUAUUGCCAAGCCCUGGACUGUACAGUGAAUGGAGGAUGGACACCUUGGUCACCGUGGUCAGACUGUCCAGUUACCUGUGACCAUGGAUCACAGACUCGGACGAGAGCCUGUAUCAACCCACCACCUCGGAAUAUGGGCUCAGACUGUCAGGGUGUCAGCCGUGAAACUCAGAAUUGUACCAACCCACCCUGCCCAGGAGACACCUGUCUUUGGUCAGUAUGGAGCCCAUGUUCACACACCUGUGGUACAGGCUACAGGAGCAGAAAUUGUUCAGAGGCACAAGGGGAACGGAAGAUACUGGAACCUUGCUACACGCAGCCAUGUCCAGUGGACUGUGAGUUUGGCCUUUGGAGUGAGUGGUCAGACUGUUCCUGUGUUUCUCCAGUGCAGCAUCGAUAUCGAGCAGCCCAUGGACCCCUCUUUGGGGGGAAGCAUUGCCAUGGGCAAGAGAUGGAAUUUAGAAUGUGUAACCAGACUGAGUGUACAGAUGCCAGCUGUGAAAAUCCAUUUGAAUAUAAAGCCUGUGGACCGGCAUGUGCUGGUCACUGCUCCGACUUCAAACACAGUCAAGAAUGUCAGGUCAAGGGACAAGAUUGCGUGGCUGGGUGCUUCUGCCCUGAGGGUUUAUUGGAGCAGGACAAUAAAUGCAUCGUUCGCUCUGAGUGUGACUGUGUUCACAUUCACAAGUCAGACACCAGGAAGACGCCAUUGGCCAUGAGGGUACGACGGGGUGACAGCAUUCUGAUUGGUUGUGAAACCUGCAUCUGCAGAGAGGGAAUGCUGCAUUGCACCAAUGACAGCUGCAAAGAGGCUGUUACACUCACUCAAUGGUCAGCCUGGACAGGCUGCAUUUCCUGUCUGCCCCGAUCAUUCCUGAAUAUGGCAUCCCUCCAUCUACUCCAAGGACAACGAGUUGAGAGCCAGCACCGCAGUGCAUUCCCUGAGACUGCUCGGUAUUUACUGAAGGAAGAACGUUACCGAGUUUGUAUAGCAGUGGGAUCAGGACAGCGUGUCCCUCCAGAUCUCUGCACUGGAACCUUGGUAGAGGACCGAGAAUGUACAAAUAUCACUAUCUGCGAGGAUGACUGUUCCUGGGGUUUCUGGGGUGUGUGGAGUCCAUGCCGGGAGCCCUGCAGUGGAGGCUUUCGCAUCAGGGAACGUACCCUCCCCUACCCACAGGACACAGCCACCUGCCAUGGUCCCCAAUUCCAGUCAGAAAGUUGCAACACUGCCAUGUGUCCAGGAGAGCUCUGUGAAGACCGAGGGAAAGAGUUUGUGUCGUGUGCAAAUCGUUGUCCAAGGACCUGUACUGACCUGUGGAACCACGUGCAGUGUCUCCAGGGAAGAUGCAAGCCCGGUUGUCGAUGCCCCAGGGGUCAGUUGCUGCAGGAUUCACAGUGUGUACCUGUGUCAGACUGUCGAUGUGGAUCACCUACCUCAAACCACACUGUGGAAUAUCAACCAGGAGACAGUAUCUCAAUUCCCUGUGGCAACUGUACGUGUGUCAAUGGGACAUUUGACUGUAGUGAAUCACAAUGUUUAGAGCUGAGCAGCUGGUCCAUGUGGAGCGAGUGUUCCGCCAGCUGUGGGCCUGGACUGCGGAGCCGCAUUCGGAGUUGUGGAGAGUCAGGAGGAAGCCUACCCUGCCAAGGAGAGAUGAAGCAGACAGAGGAAUGCAACCAGAUGCCCUGUUCAGGUUGUCCACAAAACCAGACCUUCAGUGAAUGUGCCAACAUCUGCCCUCAUAGCUGCUCAGACCUUCGGUCUGAAACAGAGUGUCGGCAGGAUACCUGUGAGCCUGGAUGUCUUUGCCCACUGGGACAGCUUCUACAGGAUGGGAUGUGUGUAUCUCCUGAGGAAUGUCACUGCUCCUUACUGAGCUCCACAAUCCCCUGGAUCACUAAUAUCUCAAAGGAGGAUCGAUAUAGGGAUUAUGCAGCAGGAAAAAUAGUCCGUCACCAAUGCAGCAAGUGUGUUUGUCAGAGGGGAAUUUUCCAUUGUUCAGAAUCAGAUUGCGAAGAAUGUCCAGAUGGUGAGGCUUGGAAUCGAGGAUCAGCAGACUCUCCGAGCUGUGAACGAUCAUGUGAGGAUGUUUACUCCAUGACAGCACCAAGCUGUGGUUCUGAUGACAGAGACUGUGUGUGUGAGGCUGGGAGAUACAGGAAUAGCUCAGGACAUUGUGUCACUGCAGCUUACUGUGAAUGUAUCAUUGAAGACCACAUCUACCCGGCAGGCUUUGAAUGGGAAGAGGAUUGUGAACGGUGCCAGUGCCUAAAUGGAAGGAAGGUCUGUUCCUCUGGAUGUCCACCACUUAUCUGCCUGGAGGGUUAUGUAAAAGUUGAGGAUCCUGGAAAAUGCUGUCCUGUCUGCAGGAAGGAAAUUCCUGAUGUCUCUCCAAAGUGCCAACAUUUCACCGAAAUUCGGAACAUAUCCAAGGGUCAAUGCCAUCUGACAAAUGUGGCAGUCAGCUCGUGCAGAGGAAGCUGUCAAUCCCAAGUUCAGGUCAUUCCAGAGGAGCCUUACCUGCAGAGUGUCUGCGAUUGUUGCAGUUAUCGGCUUGAUCCUGAACGGCCAGUACAGUUCAUGAAUUUGCAAUGUGACAAUGGAGAUGUGGAGCCUGUUGUUCUGCCCGUAAUUCUCAGCUGUGAGUGCAGCAGCUGUCAGGGUGGAGAUCUUUCUGGCCGUUGAUCUUUUUUGGGGACCAUCCUGUGCUCCUGGUGACUGGUGGGAAACUCAAACCUGUUAACCACGAGCGAGAUUUAUUUUUGAAAGUAAAUCUGAAGAACUGCAAAUACCAUAUGGAUUUAAAUCUAAAAUAGUUUUUUGUCUGCAUUGAGUGAAAGCUUUGUUAUUAAGAAUCUGUAACCUCAUUUUGAUGAUAAAGAAA